AUAAAUGACUCAUUUAGAUAUACAGUCAUACCAUUGUAUUAUAAAACAUUCUCAUAGACUAUAGAGCACUGACUACGGACUACAACAGUUACUUACAGACUACAGUUACAAAUUUACAAUACACUAAUCUAUGAGUUACACUGUUGCAGACGUUCCAGUAAAGUUGUAGUCUUGAACUCUUGUAUACCUAGUUGUAUUGUAGUCGACGUAGUCGUAUUCUUGUGAGUGGUCGUUGUCUAGUUUUUCAAGAAUUGUUUUCCAUUUGACGAUUUCCAGUCUUUUACAUUUUUUUUACUUUGCUCUGUAAAGUCACACCGACAUCAUGUCACUGUAUCCUUCUUUGGAAGAUUUAAAAUUGGACGAAUUUAUUAAGACACAAAAUCAAAUUGUCCAACAAAAUGAAAAUCCACCUCCAUUUAUGGCUAUUUGUCCACCGCAUCCAUCGGGUAUGGAUCAAGAAUCACUAGGUGCCAUGUAUCCAAUACUUAAUGAUUAUUUGGGAUUAGAGCUUAGUAUUUUAGCACAAAAUAACAGUAUUGACAUUCCUUCCCAAAAAAGUCCAGCAAAAAAUAACGCUGUAGCGAUUCCUUUGCAGAAUAAUCUAGCGCAUGUGACAAAUGGUGUUCGUAAGUUGGUGUUAUGUAAAGAUGGGAAAGGCCAAAUAGGAUUAAAAAUGUCCACAUUUAACAAUGGCAUAUUUGUUAGUGUUGUAGUACAAGACAGUCCUGCUGCUAAGGCUGGUUUAAGAUUUGGUGAUCAAAUACUACAAAUAAAUGAAGUUUUUGUUGCGGGAAUGAGUGUUGAUAAAGUCAACAAAAUUUUUAAAGAAUGUUCAGUAAAUAAUAUUUGUGUUAUUGUCAGAGACAGGCCUUUGGAACGUACAAUAAAUUUGUACAAAGACCGUGCUGGCCAGAUUGGAUUUCAAUUCAAAAAUGGUAAGAUUAACAAUAUUGUCAAAGAUUCAUCAGCAGCUCGUAAUGGAGUGCUCACAGAUCAUCAGUUAUUGGAAAUCAAUGGACAAAAUGUUAUUGGCAUGAAAGACAAACAAAUAGUGGACAUUAUUGCUAAUGCUGCAGACUCGAUUAGUAUAACUAUCAUUCCAGUAUCAAUUUAUGAACACAUGAUCAAAAAAAUUGCACCAUCAUUGAUCAAGAACAUAAUGGAUCAUUCAUCAAUCUAAUAACAAAGAAGAAACUUACUCAUUUGUUGAAGUCAUAUUUAAAGUUUAUUAUUUACUUAACAUAGUUUCAUUUUCAUUUGUGAUUUAUCUUUGCAUGGAAAGGUCAUCCAUUGGUUAAUAUUAUCUAGUUUUUUAUACAACUGGGCAAGAUAUAAAAAUUAUACUUUCUACUUAAAUUUAACUAUAAUUCCUAUAUUACUUAUUCUAUGUUUAUUUUUUAUUAUUUUUUAUAAAUAUUUAAUUCUAAAAUGUUAAAUAUUAAAAAAAAAAACAAUUUUAGUCAUUUUGUAAUGUAUAAUAUAUUAACUCAAUUUUAUUCCAAUUGAAGUAAAAAAAUCUAUCUUUUUUUUAAAAAUUAGAUCUUUUAUUAUAAUUAAUAGUAUUUAUUUGUUUUUUACAUAUUUUCUUUUUUAAAUUACUAGAGCACUAUUUAUGUAUUUUAGAUAUGAACUAAAAUUAGCUAAAGCUUUGUUGUAGUUUAAUAUUAUAAACUAUUUUAAUUAA